UCACAGCUUAUACUCUUGAGAGAAUGGGUACUAGAAAUUCAUUGUGUUUAUCAAACUGAAUCCGUCACUGUUUGCUGCAGAUGGCGCGAUGUCUGGUUACUGAAGCUAAUUUAUACUGAAACAAUUCUACAGAAGACGUAGAUUCCAAAGUGCACGUCCUAUUGCACCACGAUUAUCUGACAAUCGCGGUUAUUGUUGAUUGCAUAUUGCGCGUGUAGUACGUUUUCGCGACUUGAGAUGCGAGUCUCUCCGCGGUGACGAGUGAUAAGGCUUGGCGUUCACCAUUUCACGUUCACUUAUUGUGUUGCGAUGGCGAACAGCUGUGGCGACAGCAUCGUGCAUCACGCUCUGCAAGAGCUGAUCAUUGAGGUUAAGAGGUAUGCAGCGGCACAUUUGAACGAGACCGACGAGACUAGAGAGAACGCCGUCGCGAAUAUAAGACGUUGGAUCGAAGAAAGCGGCAACUUGCCCGCACAAAUCGAUGAUUAUUUCAUCCUGCGAUUUUUGAGAGUCUGUAAAUUUAAUCUCGAGAAAACUAAAGUCAGAAUGCAAAACUAUUAUAAGCAACGAUCCCAUUUACCAGAGUGGUACAUGAAUAAAGAUCCGUUUCGACCGGAACUACAAGAACUGCUUGAAAUGGGAUUGGUUUUGCCCUUGCGAGAGCCGGACAACCAGGGAAGAUUAGUUAUUAUCAUGCAUUGUACUCGGCAUGAUCCAAGAAGACACGAAAUAUCAAAUAUUUUUAAGAUUGCUAUGGCGGUUUUUGAAGUUGCUAUGAAGUAUUAUUCCGCAGCAUCUGUGUAUGGCUGCGCAUUGUUCAUGAACGUGGCCAAUCCAACUAUACGUCACGCUGGACAAAUGCGACCUCAAAUAAUAAAGAACAUUGUCCACGCGUGGCAGAGCUGUUAUCCUAUCAGAGUGCAAUCGAUUAAUAUGAUCAACGCGCCCGAAUACGUCGAAAUUGUUUUGAAAAUUUUCAGAUAUUUUAUGACUGAAAAGAUGCAGAACAGGUUGCAUGUUUACACGCAAAAGAUGAUGCAAAACUAUUUCAAGGAUAUACCAGCUAACAUCUUGCCUGUCGAGUAUGGUGGCACCAAUGGUACACUUCUGGAAUUAACGGAAUAUUGGAAGAAAUUGGUGGAGGAGAAUCGCGACUGGAUUAUGGAGAAUGAGAACGAUUGACUUGUUUAAAAACAGUAUACUCAGAAUUAACAAAGAAUGUUUAGCAUAAAUUUUGAAUAUUUAUUAUCAUAUUAAUUACAUACACACGAAAAAAAUUGCAAUGUUUUUUAAAAUAAUAUUCUUUAUGUUUCAACAAGAAAUAUUAUGAAAAUUUAAGUUACAGUGAACUACGCUGAAUACAAAUGUUAAGAUAUGUCCAUCUGUUCAGUUCUCACAAGCGUAGUUCUUGUGGUAAUAUUAUAAAAUAACAUUUGAUUAGAAUGUCCUCAUAUAACUAUCACAAUAAAAGAAUUAUUGCUAUUUUCGUAAUACGGUUUGCAGAAUAAAUAAUACGAUUAAGAGA